GUUAAUAAAAUAAUGCCGUUCUUGCCUGUCAACGAUGUACCGCCGGGUUCCAAAGAGACCAAACUCAUGGCCACUUUGAAACCCAAUCAGCGGUAUGUCACACUAUGUCAACUUAAAACAGGCAAUCGCACACGGACUGCAAGUCGAUAAAGUGCACCGCGUUUUAGAGUUUCAACAAAGUGCUUGGUUGAAACCAUACAUUGAGUUGAACACUGAAAUGCGGAAACAGGCGGCAAAUGCUUUUGAAAUAGCAUUUUUCAAACUAAUGAAUAAUGCCGUCUUUGGAAAAACCAUGGAAAACAUGCGGAAGCGUACCCGUAUUGAGCUAAUCUCCAGUUCCAAACGUCUAAGCAAGCUCGUAAACCAACCAACCUUCAACGACUGUAUCAAAUACGGUGAAAGGUUGUGCGCUGUCAUAAUGGACACAAAGAUUGUCAAGUUUAUCAAACCAAUAUACGUCGGUUUAGCAGUGCUUGCCAUUAGCAAGACACUAAUGUACAAGUACUUCUACGACGUAUUGAAACCACAUUAUGGCAGUGCAAUCGAAUUGGUUUACAUGGAUACUGACUCCUUCAUAUACCUGCUCAGAGUAGGCGACUUCUACCAGGAUUUAGCUGGUAGCCCCGAUUUACUGGUGCACGUGGACGCAUCUAGCCUGCCCAAGGAUCACCCUUGCUACUCCACCGAUAGAAAGAAGAUGCCCGGCUUGUUUUCAGACGAGACCAGUGGCCUCACUCUCUUUGAGAUCGCUGCACUUCGAUCAAAGUGCUACGCAUUUGACAUGGAAGGCAGCGAACUCAUAAAGUCUAAGGGGAUCCGCGGACACGUCGUNCUUUGA